UAGGCGUCACGUGGUUUUACCCGGGCCAAUCAAACGUGGGAAUCCAGUCUGCGCUUUCUUGCAGAGCGCGGGGAGGACAGCACUCGUGUUACCGUCACAUCCAGAUCUACCGGGAGAAUCCUAAAUUUCUACAAAAAUGUCAGACGAGAAGCCAAAGGAGGGUGUGAAGACUGAAAACGACCACAUCAACUUGAAAGUGGCGGGUCAGGAUGGAUCUGUGGUCCAGUUCAAAAUUAAAAGGCACACCCCCCUCAGCAAACUGAUGAAGGCCUACUGCGAAAGACAGGGUUUAUCCAUCAGGCAAAUUAGGUUCAGGUUUGAUGGUCAGCCGAUCAAUGAGACUGAUACGCCUGCACAGCUGGAAAUGGAAGAUGAGGACACUAUCGAUGUAUUCCAGCAGCAGACGGGAGGAACCUGCUAAAGAUAAAGCUGGUUUAUUUGUGCUCCUCUUCACUUCCACUGCAGUUCAGGGCUGAAAUGGAAAAGGUUUUGGAAAUCAAAUCUGUUUAAGUUAAUAGCGCUCUCUCUCUUCUUUUUAAUUUUUAUUUUUUUGAAUCAUCUAAAGACCGUUAAACGUUUCCGUUUUUGCAAUGUUGUCCCUGAACUAAGUUGAGUUGACAGUUAAUGUUUUUUUAUUUUUUACCCCUUUUGGAGAUUGUAUGCCUGUUGUAUAUGUUUUUGUAUUAUGUAUGUUUGCACCUCCCCCAUCAAUUUUUACAUACAAGGAGGGAAGUUUUGUGAAAGAGGGUGUUUGUGACCUUAGUGUAGUCCCAGAAUUUCUUUAAUUGCGGUAAACAACUAAACUUUAAGACAACCUUUUUAUGAACCGUUUCGAACAGUGACAUUGUGUUUUUCUGAAACCUCAGGUUUGAUAAAUCUAGAUUGUGGUUGUGGUACAUUUUUUUUUUUAUUUUAAAAGCUUUGAUGCAUAUGUCUUUAAAAGUUUGCUAUUUGCUAUGAAUUUCAUGAUCUAAACUAAGUGUUCCCCUUAAUUUUAUCGUCUCAUAGUUUGCCCUCUGCAAAUAUGUCAUAUAGACACAUCGCUCUCAUUUAGCCCUUCUGGCAAAUCAACAGUAUUAAACUCUAUACUGGUGUAAUUACAACUCCACAGUGAAUUCAAGCAAAAUCAAUAUGUAAUAGGAAUGGCAGGGCUGUUUGGGUGAGGAGACGAUCCUAUGUUGGGCCAUUUACUACUGUAAAUAAUAAAUAUACUUUGAUACUGA